CCGCGCGACUCUGGGCUGGGGGUGCCCGGCGCCCCCGCCCGGCAUUGUCCUUGCUGCAGCGCCCCCUGCCGGCCACCGUGCUGCGCUUUUAGGGGCCCGCGGCGCCCUGGCAAAGGCCGUUGAGCCCAUCACUGAGUUCCCCGACGCUUCCGUGACCGCGCGUGCGGGACUCCAGCCCAGGGGACGGUGCUGCCCAGAGAUGUGUUCCUAGGUGAUUCUGAAUCCAGUCAAGUUAAACAUGAGGAUCUUGAGCUUCCUCCAUGUGCUGUUACUACCAUGUUACCUGUCUGCCUACCUUCCCUUCCCUUCCGGAGACCCUGAGACCCCCGGAACUGUGAGCCAAAGCAAACCUGCACCGCUCUGGUUGUUUCUGGCUGGUGUGGUCACAGUGGUGCCGAAUCACUGAGGGCACGAGCACUGAGGAGUCAUAGAUGCUUAGGCUGCCCGUCAGCUCAAGUCAGGAACCACACUAGCGCUAGAGGAGCUGGGCAGUGGGAGAAGUGUGAGCUUGUCUCUUCAGUCUCACGCUCCUUUCUGGGCUAUGAGGACGUUAGGACUGGCCUUCCGUGGACAUCAGUCCCUCCGCCUCUGUAUAACAGAGGGUUCUGUUCUCUUGUCAACGAUCUUCUGCUUGAUCAAAUGUUAGCCAGUCUCUUUAGUUUGAACUCUGUCCUAGGCCCAUCUGUGUAUUUCCUGGUAGAAUCCGGUUUUAGCAAAGAACUCUGCCCAGGUCGUUUGUCCAGAACCCUCUGUCUUCAUUAUGUGAUUGCGCCUACGAUCAGUCUUUUUUAUUUUGCACCAAGUCACAGGUGGUGCUUGUUCAUGCUGGCUUGUCUUUAGUAAGAAGCCUGUCAGGUCAGUUUAGCCAGACUCCCUCUCACUUUUCCUGCUUCCUCUCGGUAAUUUUCCAUCCGCUGGCCCUUCCCCUCGCCCGUCUGUGCUGUCCUGGGGUUGAGCUCCAUCUCUCUCUGCACUGGAAGUCUGUGGUCCUGCUCUCCAGUUUGGGGAAGUGAUCUUGAAUAAGGCUCUCUUUGUGCUGCUUUUACAAGUAUUGAACUUUUCUUCUUUGACAGGUUCAUUUUCUCUUCAGAGGAGGUCUUGUCUCUUUUCUAGGGUGGCCAUGGUAAUCCAGUCAUGACCUUUCUGGGGUGUCUGUCCACAGUUGCCCAGUCAUUUCUUUAUCACAUUUCCGGCACCUUCUUUCGUGGCCGUGAGCUGAACACCCUGUUCUAAGUGCUCCUCUCAUGAUACCGCUACAAGCCUGAAGCCACGAGGCCCAGUGGGCACGGAAACUUUGAAACCGUGGGCCAGGACCAAUCUUUCCUGUCUCUAAGAUAUUUAUCCCGGUGUGGAAGACUAUCUUUGGGACUACCGCUCCUUCUGAACCAUGGUGCCGUGGCUGUGGAAGGGGCUGAUAGGCAUCGGCCUCUUCGCGCUGGCCCAAGCUGCCUUUUCGGCUGCGCAGCAUCAUUCGCACGCGCGACUAAAGGACGAGGGGAGUGAGUCGCUGCCGGCGGACAUAGUUCUGCAGACGCUUUUGGCCUUUGCGGUUACCUGUUAUGGCGUAGUUCAUACGGCAGGGGAGUUUAAGGACAGGGAUGCCACUUCAGAACUAAGGAGUAAGACGUUUGACGCCUUACGGAGUCGCCCGUCUUUUUAUGUGUUUCGUCGUCGUCAUGGCCGUGGACUGUCCCAGCCUUCGGAUACAGCUCGUUCUUCAAGCAUCAGGGCAUCAUCUUCUGACAUACUGUUGAAGUUUUGAAGUUCAGCUUUUUACACAUCAAGUAAAUAGAACAGAAGCAGACUUAAGAACUGGGAUUUGGAAUGUAAAACCCCCUACACAUCAGUAUUUUAGUGAUAUUUCAGACUUAAUUAAAAAGAAAACUAUAAUCAAAUAGCAAACAAAAAUCAAAAAGCUCUUCCUCUUAGGUAUCCCAUGACAGCUGUAGGAAGCUGACCAACUAUGAGGUGAUUUGGGGUGAGGUGAACAUUGGAGCCUCAGCUCAAGUAAAGCAGAGUGCUCUCAAUAAUGCAAGUGGACCUAAGCCAGUCCAGGGGCUGAGUGAAACCCGAAGGCUUAGUAAGGAAGACAUACUCCCGCGUGCUCGAGCCGAGACAUUGAUCUUCCUCUGGCUCUGUCCUCUAAACCGAAACGUCAGCCCUUGCAUGUCGAACCUGCUGGGCUCUGCCUGCCGACUCCAGUCUUGAGGGACCUGUAGAUCCUCACAGUGUGCGGUCCAGUUCUUCAUUGCCGCUCUCACCCCAGGCUUCUCCUGGGCUCUCAGACUGAUGAGCUGGAGGCUCUGGGAGCCAGAAGCUCCAAGAUGAUGAUCUUCCAUGCUGUGUGAAGAGGCCUGACUGUGAAGGAAAGAAGGAAGCCAGCAUUCCCGGAACAGUGGGGAUGAGAGGUGGAGCGAGCCUUGCCCCCGCCAGAGCAGCCAUCCCUGUGGCUGGUUCCAUGUGUCACUUGCUAUGGUCUGGCUAACCUCCCACUUCCCUUUUGUACUUGUGGUUCCAUAUGAGACUCUGUCAGAGGACAAGACUCAACAGGGGUACGUGUUUGUGUAAAACUAUCCCCUGGUGUCUACAGAGCAGAGUCUACAACCGUCGACAGGAACCAAAAUCCUCCAGCGCUCAAGAAGUUUGUUUUUAGAAAAUGACAUAGUAUUUGUUUAUAACCCAUGCCUACCCUUCCAGUACUUUUAGUCAUCGCUAGAUUACAUGUAAUACCUAAUGCCAUGUACAUUCUGUAAAGAGUUGUCAUGCUGCAUUGUUUAGGGAAUAAUGAUAAGAAAACAUCUGCAUGUGUUCAGUACACAUAGAACCCCGCCCCCCCCCCCAUUUUUGGUUAGCAGUUGGUUGUGUCUGUGCUUGGUUUGUUUACUUGUCCUUAUGCUCCACUACUACAAGAAUGUCACCUCCCUGAGGGCCAGAUCCUGUUCGUCUUGGUUCCUUGUGGUGUCCCCCAUGCCCAUCAGAGUGCUUGGUGUGCCCUUGCUUGUGGUAUGUUGCAGGGGGAAGGUGUGUGUGUGUGUGUGUGUGUGUGUGUGUGAGAGAGAGAGAGAGAGAGAGAGAGAGAGAGAGAGAGAGAGAGAGAGAGAGACACAGACUAAUCUGGAACUCAAUAUAUAUAUAGCAGGUUGGUCUUGAACUAACACAGAUCCACCCGCCUCUGCCUCAAGUACUGAGAUUAAAGGUAUGCACCACCAUACUUGACUUAUUUUCAAGUUGACCUGUUUAUCAAGAGAGGCUCAAUUUACUCUGGGAACCCCAAUUUUCAAGACCCCAUGCUGGUUGGUCUGCAGCAUUUACCACUGUUGCUGUUCCUUCCUGUCUGGAAUUUUCUGCCCUUGGCUUCCAUGAUGCAGUAAUGGAAAACCUGUAUUUGGUACCUCUUCCUUUGAUGUCACUUCUCCAGAGAUUUUCUUCCUCCAAAUGCCAUCU